AUGCGCGGGCCGCGGAGGGCGGGGGCCAGGCCGGGAGGGGUCCCGAAGGCUCUGCACCCGCGCGUCGGCUGCGGGAAUCGGGUGUCUGAGUUGGGUUCUGCCUGCGCCGGGCUCGGCGGGGCUGCAGGUGGCGUGGGCAUCUCGCAAGCUGGGGCUGCGCCCCCACUCCCCCAGCCCGUGACGCCCCUGCCGCAGGUUCCGGGGCGCCGGGCCCCGGCCGUGGAGGAGGAGGACGCGGUGCUGCGGUCACCGCGGCCCGCACCGAGCCGCGGCUGCGGGAGCGCAGGGGGCGGGGCGGGAGGCUCCCGUCACACGCUCGCCACUCGCCGGGCCCCGACCGCCCCCGAGCCCGGAACCCCUAGCCCAGGCCGCAGCCGCCGCGCGCCCCGGGCCCUGCGCGAGUCUGCCCGGCCGCGCCGUCGUGCCCCGCCGCCCGCCGCGCAGCGCCCCAGUGUGCCACCCGGCGGGCGCGGAGGCGGUGUCUGCUCCCACCCCCGAGAUCACAUGCCGGCCGCCGCGCCCCCACCCGCGCCGGGCCCCCAGCCCCGCGGCGGUCCCGAGGGCGUGGGGCCGCCGGCGGGGCGCGGCGUGUGCAUCCGCGAGUUCCGCGCAGCCGAGCAGGAGGCGGCGCGCCGCAUCUUCUACGACGGCAUCCUGGAGCGCAUCCCCAACACGGCCUUCCGCGGCCUGCGGCAGCACCCGCGCACGCAGCUGCUCUACGCCCUGCUGGCCGCACUCUGCUUUGCUGUGACCCGCUCGCUGAUGCUGACGUGCCUGGUGCCUGCUGGGCUGCUGGCCCUGCGCUAUUACUACAGCCGCAAGGUGAUCCUGGCCUACCUGGAGUGUGCGCUGCACACAGACAUGGCCGACAUCGAACAGUACUACAUGAAGCCACCUGGCUCCUGCUUCUGGGUGGCCGUUCUGGAUGGCAACGUGGUGGGCAUUGUGGCUGCACGGGCCCACGAGGAGGACAACACAGUGGAGCUGCUGCGGAUGUCUGUGGACUCGCGCUUCCGUGGCAAGGGCAUCGCCAAGGCGCUGGGCCGGAAGGUGCUCGAGUUCGCAGUGUUGCACAACUACUCCGCGGUGGUGUUGGGCACCACAGCCGUCAAGGUGGCUGCCCACAAGCUCUAUGAGUCGCUGGGCUUCAGACACAUGGGUGCAAGUGACCACUACGUGCUGCCUGGCAUGACCCUCUCGCUGGCCGAGCGCCUCUUCUUCCAGGUCCGCUACCACCGCUACCGCCUGCAGCUGCGCGAGGAGUGACCGCAACCGCCCACCCGCCCGCCACCCCGUUCACCCCGUCCACCUGUGCCCGCUGCCCGCCGCCUGGUGCGGCCCUGCUUUCAGACGCUCACCUUGGCAUCUGUGUUGGGUUUUCCUUUCUCAGCGUCUCGUAGUUAUCUGGCUGGUUCUGGGGGCCUUGGGGCUGUUGCUCAUCCGUGACACUUUGGUGGGGUGGGUUAUCUGCAGCCAUGGCCCCUUGCCCUCCCCAGCCUGUCAGGGUGACUUGCCACUCCUUGAAGAGUGGCAUCGUGGACCACCUAGACUGUCCACCCAGCUGCCUAGCCUGCCUCCGUCAGGGAAGGCCUGGCCUUGCCCACCAAGCACAGAACCUCUGCAGCAAAGCCCUCCAAGGAGCAGCCUCCUGGCCCC